GAUGUUGUUCCGCUUGAAAAGGCAGCGGACGAUGAAAAAGCAAACAUCACUGCCAGAGCAAAGCUGGUCGAAGAGAUGAAGGAGGUCUGCCGAGGUGUUAUUCGUGAAUUUGAAAACACGGAAAAUGAGUUGGAAACGAACAUUACCACAGCUAAACGCCAAGUUUCCCAAGCAACCGAACAGAUGAUGGGAAAGCUUCGCCAACUGGAACGUGAAGCCAUUACUGCCCUAGAGAAGACUCGCGUGUCAAGGAUUGAGAAAUUACAUUCUGGAAAAGCAUCGGUUUUCUCUUUCGAAAAGCAACUUGACCAAGCAUUUGAGUUCAGUAACAACCUGGUUGAGAGAAGCUCAAGUUCAGACAUAAUGCUAAACAAGAAAAAUGUAGAAGAACGAAUCAAAGACCUCAUCGACACCACAAUGCCUGCACUUCCGGUUAGCUCGUGUGUGGAGUUUGUGUCGAAAUGUGAACCAGAGAGUUUGAGUCUGGGAUUUACGAAGUUCAGCAAGACAGAUGUGCAAGGAUCGACCGUGGAAGGACUGGAUCAGAAUUUCCAAGCUGGUGUAGAGGCAGAGCUACUAAUUUGUCUCAAAUCAAGCGAAGGAGAAAUCAGAAACACUCAGCACACAGAUCGUGUUGAAAUACACAUAGACCCCGCGGAUCAGGUGAGGAGCUUGGUGACGAGUGAAAAAGAAGAUGGAAAUUUCCAAGCAAAAUUUGUAGCGAAAGUACCAGGUACUUAUAAAAUAGAAUUAAAGAUAAAUGGACAGAAACUUGCCAAGAGUCCAUUUUCUAUUCUGGUCAAUGCACGAGAGUUAAAUGUUGUAGGCAAGUUGGACUUACAUGGAGAAAUGCUCCGAGGUCCAGCCGGCAUUGCUGUGAACAGUAAAGGUGUUAUUGCUGUGGCUGAUCGUGACGGUCAUUGUAUCCUGGUAUUUGAUGAGACAGGAAAGUUUGUGCGAAAAAUUGGUUCUUAUGGAGAUGAGAAUGGACAAUUAGAGGAUCCAGUCGACGUCACGUUCGUAAACGAUGACGAGAUUCUGGUGGUGGAACAAUGUAAUCACCGAAUGCAGCAGUUUAAUGUACAGACAGGGAACUUUGUGAAAAGCUUUGGAAAAAAGGGAAGUAGAGAUGGAGAGUUAAAGUAUCAUUUAAGUGUUUGUAUUACAAGUGAUGGACGUUUUAUCGUUGUAGCGGAUUUUUAUAAUUUCAGAAUUCAGGUGUUUACAAUGGAUGGUGAACCUGUGUUUAAGUUUGGAGACAGCGGUCCAGAAAGGCUGGAUCAUCCUCUCAGCUGCGUUUGUUACGAGGAAAAGUUCUUUGUAACUGACCUUAAUAAUAACUGUGUGAAAGUGUUUGAUCAGAGAGGACAGUUUUUGUACAAGUUUGGAGAAAAAGGAAACGGUGAUGGACAGAUGGAUCGGCAGUAUGGCUUAUGUGUUGACAAACAUAAUAACGUUUUCUUAUGUGAU